AUGGAAAAAAAAAGACUUGCCUCUCUCGCUUCUCUAUGUCUCGUAGUAGGUGUUGUUGCCCUAGGCGUUGUUGCUCUUGUCCGCACCAACCAAAACGGCGAAGAUACAAGCAAAAACGACGGAAAGGAAUUGAGCACUCACACUAAAACUGUGAAAGCCAUGUGCCAAGACACCGACGACCAAAAGCUUUGCAUUGACACACUCAGCCCUAUCAACGCCUCAGACCCAACGGAAUACGUCAAAACGGUGGUUCAAACCUCCAUGGACAGCGUAAUCAAAGCCUUCAAUAUGAGUGACAGGCUCACGUUGGAAAAUGGAAAGAAAGACCCUAGCAUCAAGAUGGCCCUUGAGGAUUGCAAGGACUUGUUACAAUUCGCUAUUGACGAAUUAGAGGCCUCAAGUAUUGUUGUUCGUGACAGCAACGUAAACAACGUUAAUGAACAUGCUGCAGACAUUAAAAACUGGUUGGGCGCUGUCAUUGCGUACCAACAAUCGUGUCUUGAUGGGUUUGACACAGACGCUGAGAGGAAGAUCCAAACACAGUUGCAAACAGGUAGUUUGGACGAAGUGGGGAAGCUUACUGCAAUAGCACUUGAUAUUGUGUCUGGAAUCACCAAAAUACUCUCUGCUGUGGACUUGAAUUUGAAUAUAAAACCUGCAUCUCGUCGCCUUCUUGAGGUGGAUCAAGAUGGGUAUCCAUAUUGGAUGAACGUUGGAGAUCGUAAGCUGUUGUCUGAAAUGAAAAAGGGAGGUUCGGUGGCACCCAAUGCAGUUGUUGCCAAGGAUGGUAGUGGACAAUAUAAGACUGUUCUUGAUGCUAUUAAUGCUUACCCUAAGACUCAAAAAGGAAGAUAUGUUAUCUAUGUUAAGGCUGGUGUCUAUGAUGAGUAUAUUUCCGUUGAUAAGAAGAAGCCGAAUAUACUAAUUUACGGUGAUGGCCCUACAAAGACCAUUAUCACUGGUAGUAAAAACUUCGUUGAUGGUUGGAAGACUAUGAGAUCUGCUACCUUCUCCACCGUAGCGGAAGACUUCAUUGCCAAGUCAAUGGCAUUCGAGAACACAGCUGGAGCCAACAAACACCAAGCAGUGGCACUUCGUGUGCAAGGUGAUCGCUCGGCAUUCUUCGACUGCGCCAUACGAGGUUAUCAAGACACAUUAUACGCACACGCCCACCGUCAGUUCUACCGGAACUGCGAAAUCUCAGGCACAGUGGAUUUCAUCUUCGGCUACGCCACCACACUAAUCCAAAGCUCCAAGAUCAUAGUGAGGAAGCCUGAUCCAAAUCAACGAAACAUAGUGGUAGCUGAUGGCACAGACCAAAAGAACAUGCCAACAGGGGUUGUUCUUCAGAAUUGUCAGAUAAUGCCAGAGGCUAACCUCAUGGCCGAUAGGUUGACUGUGAGGUCUUACUUGGCGAGGCCAUGGAAGGCAUACUCAAGAGCAAUCAUCAUGGAAAGUACAAUUGGUGAUCUCAUUCAACCAGAUGGUUUUCUUCCAUGGCAAGGUAAUCAAUUCCUUGACACGUGUUUCUUUGCUGAGUAUGGUAACACUGGAGCUGGUGCCAAUGUUAAAACAAGGGUCAAGUGGGGACGUGGAGUUCUUAGUAAGAAUGAUGCUGCUCGAUACACUGCUGACCAAUGGCUUCAAGCAAAUACAUGGUUGCCUGCUACUGGCAUACCUUUCGAUCCUAGCUUCACUAAAGCUUGA